GGUCAGCAUAUUCGUUUAUUUUAGCCUUAACGAGCAGUUACCGAGCCUCGUGCUCGCAGGCAGCUAUCGGCUGGAGUUAAUUUGUGCAGGUGUAUUUUUUUUGACGAGGGUAGUUAAAGGUUAAAGAGGGUAACUUACUGUUAACGGUAGCUCCUCGUAGCUAGCAUGCUAGCAGCCAGAGGAAAAUGAGAUUGAUUUGCUUACAGUACCAACUGGAGCCCACAGAGAACGAGGAAACACCUGGGCUAGAGCAGAGAACAUAACACACCAUGAUCACCAGUGAGGCAGCGAGACUCGAAUUCCAGGUCAAAGAGCGCAAACACAAGGAUCAGCUGAAGAGAUGUUUAUCGUCUGCUUUGUCUGCAGACCUGAACAGGCUACUCCAGGAGGAACUGGAGGCUGAUGUUUCUCUGUAUGCUGGCUCUGGCUCGAUCCGAGCACACAGAGCUGUAUUGUUGGCCAGAGCUCCUGAUGUCCUUCAGGGACAGACGCACAAAGAUCCCAUCAUCAUCCAUCUGCCAGACUAUGAGCUGUCUGGGCUCAAAGAUUUCCUUAGGCGAGUUUACACAGCAGACCAGAGCAUGUGCUCGGCUCCAAUAAUCCCAGAUGUUGAGGGCUCCGUGCCAGAAAGUACUCUGCCUGCUCCCGACAAAGCAGACCUUCAUAGAUCCACUGAAUCAGAUGCUGUUGUUCUCGAGCCAGCCUCUGGCCUUGGAGCUGACCUGCUGGAUCUGUACCAAAGGGGAGAGCAGUGUGACAUUACCAUCCAAGUAGCAGAUCAGGUCUUCUCGUGCCACAGGGCAAUCCUGUGUGCACGAUCUCAGUACUUCCGAGCAAUGCUUAGCGGGAGCUGGAUGGAGAGCUCCAGACAGCGCAUCACUCUGCAAGGCUUGGGGCCAGAUGAGAUGGAAAUCUUGCUUCAGUUCAUGUACGGAGCCAUUGUGGAUCUGCCCAGAAGGGCCAGUGCCAGUCAGGUGGUGCUGGCUGCAGACAUGCUGGGUUUGGAGGGGCUGAAAGAUGUAGUGGAGAUGGUUCUGACCCGAGACUACUGCCGCUUCUUUCCUAAGCCAGCUGAUGGAGUUCAGAGAACAGUCCUUGAGUGCCUCUCUUUCACACAUGCCUUAGGCCUUCAAAACCUCCAUAUGCAGUGUAAGCGGUGGGUUGCAGAGCAUUUUGUGAAAGUCUGGUGUGAGAGGAACUUCUCCCUGUUGCCACCUGAACUCCACAGAGCCUGCCUAACAGCUGUAACUGAAACAAUGACUGUGCAGAAUGCAGUGACCAUGCUCUGUGGAACUGAGCAGCUGAUUGGCUCUCUCCCUGAAGUCAAGUGGGCCCAACAGGUGAGAAGCCUGGCCACAGAGCUGCAGGAUGAGAGCCUGCGUGUCAUUGUGCAGCACUUCCCCAGAGUCACCCACACUCAGGCUUUCAAGGACCUUUGCAUAAGAGAAGAGUUUACUAGAGAGCCCACGCUUUUAAGGAAGCUUUGUUCAGCCAUCAGGGAAGGUGUGACUGUGGAUAACUGCUGUGACCUUUUCACUGCUGUGCACUCGCUUUGCAGAGAUGACUUUGAGGGGGAUUUUUGCAUGGAGAGGCGAUUGCAACAACCAGAGGAGCCGUUCAGGCAAGAGAUUUGUGCGCUACGCGGGCGGCUCUGGACCUUCCUGCUUCAGACGUUUUACGCGGUUCGCCACACGCAGGGAUGGGAGAGUCUAUCAUCCAAACACAGAGAGAGGAUACUGGCAGAUGCGAUUGAUAAAGGGGACAGUCGAAGACUUGGAAAAAAGCCUGUAUUCACUAGUUCACAGUCAAGGGCUAUAAAAUGCCCUUCAUCUGCACCUGAGAGUCCUCCUGUUCAAAGGACCCAGCGGGUGUCUGUAAACAGAAACCCUUCCUCUCGCAGUGCUGCAUCAGUCAUGAAGUCUGAUGGACUUGGGGCAGCUAACAAACCAGGGGAUGGUCAAACAUCCAAGGCAAAGAAUGUGAAGAAAGCAGCAGACAGAGGUGUAGCAGCUAAAGCAAAGACAGCAUCAGCUGGGGUGCCAGUUGUCAAUGGCACGGGAGCUGCGGGAGCUAGACGUGAUAUAGCCAGUGCCAAUGGCCCCAGAAGCUCUCCGGGGGCUAAAGAGCAUGAAAAGAAGCCAAAUCCAGGUGCAAGGCCUAAAACCUCUCCCACGGGCGGCACAUCUGCAAGCCAAACAGCAGGAACGAAAACUCAAAAGAGCUCAGCAGGAAAGGCUGACAACACUGCUGGCACCACCCAAGCCCAGCCCAACACUUCAUCCACAUCAGGCAGUGCAUCUCCAGAGAACUGUGCCAGCAGUCCUCGCAAUGACACCCACUCUGUUCCAGGUGCAAAGCCCAAACACCAGGCCAAGGCAGUAACCAAAUCCCCAAUGACAAAACCACCUCAGAGAUCAGAUGCAACAAAGACUAGCAGUCCAUCCAAAAAAGCUAGUGGGAGAGAAACUAGCAAAUCCAAGACUGGUCCAGAAGAGAAAGUGGCCACUGCACUGACAGCAGCAAGAGCAGAUACCAAGGGAAGGAGCACACCAGAUCACCAUGGCUCCAAACAUGGAUCCUCCAUAAGAAAAACAGCUUCUCCCAGGAAAGAAGAUUUCAAAGAUCCUUCAAAACCAUCAGCAACAGAUAAAACAGUUAGUGAAACUCCUAAAAAGAAGAUCACAAAACCUGUUUCAGCCACUGGAGUCUCUGCGAAGUCCAGUGCUAAACCAGCAAAAGCCUCCUCAGCUCCUUCCAGGCAAUCCUCAGUAGCAGCUGCCAAGUCUGGAUCAAAGCCAAAAAGUACUACAGAGUUAUCUACAGAGAAAUCUUCACCAAAAGCUGCAAGAACCUCUAAAACCUCCGGUACAGCUGCUGCUGCCUCCAAGCAAUCAGAACCUAAAGGAAAAGAGGCAGUGAAUAGUAAAAAGGCAGACUGCGAAACAGAGCUGGGUCCAAACGAAGGCUCUGGAGAUGCUGUUGAGCAAAAAGAUGUUGCACAGUUAGUACCCUCUGUUCAGCUUGCAGCACCUAGUACACAGCCAUCAAACCAGGAUGGAGAAGAGUCACGUCAUCUAGAGUCAAGCCCAAAGCAGAGUCUCCAGAAGUCUCAAGUACAGCUGGAAAACACUGCUGAUGGAGGAGACAAGACCAGUGAUGCACCAGCAGCUAAAAACACCACCCGUGUCAGUUCUCCUAAAGCAGACGUUUGUAAAAAAACUGAAGGAAGCAAAGUGAAACAGCCUCAAAGCAAUGCCAUCCCAGCUCACAUCAGCGAAGACGUUCAUGAGAUCAGCUCGCCAAAUUCCCCAAGAGACACUCAACAGCCCGUAGAUACCCCCUGCAGCGUGGGAAGCACUGAAACCCCUGUAGAGGAUUCUUGGAGCGGCAUCCACCAUCAGGUCAGCCCAGAAUCCGAGACCGGCAGCACACACACCACUUCUUCUGACGACAUCAAGCCCCGCUCAGAGGACUACGAUGCUGGAGGUUCACAGGAUGAUGAUUGCUCCAAUGAUAGAGGCGUGUCCAAGUGCGGCACCAUGCGUUGUCACGACUUCUUGGGUCGCAGCAGCAGUGACACCAGCACGCCGGAAGAGUUGAAGAUGUAUGAAGGUGGGGCUGGGUUGAGGGUGGAGGUCCGCCUGCGUGGGAGAGAAGCGGAGACCACCAGCGAGGAAGAGGGAGUAAGGCGACGCCCUCGUUCCUGGUUGCAAAGAGAUGAGGUGCCAGUGGAGGAGGAGCACUCAGAAGUUGAGGCCACUGUGACUGUAAAAAGUGUCCCUGACCACCAGCUCUUCUCCUCUGAGGAGGAAGAUGAGGAGGAGGAGGAAACAGAAGACGAGCGGUCAGAAGUUGAAGUGAUUCCAGGUCAGGGUCCGCUGUUGCCAACCGAACCCUCACCACACUUUCAGGGGAUUGUCAACCUGGCUUUUGACGACGAAGGUGUGGACCAGGAGAAUGAGCAACCAGACUAUCAGUCAUCUAACUUCCGUCGGUCAGUGUUGCUGUCUGUCGAUGAGUGCGAGGAGUUGGGCUCAGAGGAGGGCGGUGUCCAAACUCCGCCUCAGCAGCAAGAUGUGACUCCCUGUGAUGUUUUUGAGAAUGACUCUUCAGCUCCUCAGUUCAGCGGCGCCCCUUCCAGUGACCAACAGAACCACCAGCCACAUCAUGUUGAAAACACAGGUAUGAAGCACAAAAAACCUGAGGAGGACCAGGAAGAAAAAUCUGUAUUCCUUACAGAGAUCCAGGACACCACGCAGAAGGAGGAAAAUCACAUCCAGGUAGACAGAGUGAAGUCCAGCUGUCCUCCCAUGGGCUCUGACACCAGAGAUACGCCUCCCCAAGAACGCCCAUGCCAUCUGGAUCUACGUCACACUGAACAGUACAAUGGAGGGAUGAGCAAAAAUUACUCCAAUCCUUCAGAAAGCAAGAAAGCUGAUUUACACCUAGACUUAAAUGAGUCUCAGUUGACAGGGGACUCUCCUGUACAUGCUGCACAAUCUCCAGCAGGGGACAUUGGUUGUGACAGAUUGGAUCAAAGCUGCAAACAUGACCGCCGACCAUCCAAAGCCCUGUCCCCCAUUUACGAGAUGGAUGUGGGGGAAGCUAUUGAGCACUUUUCGGACAAGGACAGGAAUGUUAAACGGCAAGCAGAGGAAGAAAAGCAAACGGGGGAUGGGGAUAAAAGCAGCGAUUUUGCCGAGCGGGACUGGAGCCUGCUCAAGCAGCUCCUGACAGACCACGCGUCCAAUUUGGGUGUCAUAAACCCCGUACCUGAGGAGCUCAACCUGGCCCAGUAUCUUAUCAAGCAGACUCUGUCUCUGUCACGUGACUGUCUGGACUCGCAGGCCUUCCUGUCCCCAGAGAAGGAGACCUUCAAACGUUGGGCGGAGCUUAUCUCACCCAUGGAGGACUCCUCCACUAGCAUUACUGUAACCAGCUUCUCUCCAGAAGAUGCUGCUUCUCCACAGGGAGAGUGGACCAUCGUGGAGCUGGAAACACAUCACUGACUUCAGAGGAGAGCCCUGCCGGACAGUUGACGCCUUCUGUUUGAACUGAAUGUCAUUACGUUGAUUUUUGUCUUAUUUUAUUAUAAUUUAAAAUAUCGUUUUGUCUCUGUUCUUAUGACUGGUGUCUUUUGUUGGACUCUACGGAACUCUGGAUUCUGUUUAUUUGCAUUCCUCAUAGUGCCCUUAUUGGGCUGUCUCUCAACACAAACAGGCUUGUUAUGCAUGCUGACAUUUUUGUAUGUUUGACUGUUUCAUAGGUGUUGCUUCAGAAGCUCUAGAAAAGAAUAAGGGUCAGAACUAUAUUUCCUUUUCAGAAAUAUCCUUUGUUGAUAGUCUUCUAAUUAUAAUAAGAACUGAAUUUCUUAAAGAAGAAUAAAAUUAGCCUCAAGGCUUGCAUUUAGUGUCAUACUGAAAAUAAAAGUUUGUGUUUCUGAAAGAAA